AUUUUGUAAAGUUUCACAACGUGGAAAGUUUCCGCUGUGUAACCUCGUAUUCACUCCUUAUCCGUUCGAGCUUGUCACAACAGUUAGUCAGAUUAUCUCGUCGUCUUUGUGGGGACGUGAUUAAUUUGGGGGUAAUCUAGUUCACGGUAUCAGUGAUGAUUUGUGUGGAAUGUCACGGGGUUCUCAGUGGAAAUCUGUGAUAUAAAAGCAGCCCACAGUAUCGGUGAAGGAUUUUCUUUUUCGGACACUCAUGAUUGGUUUGUCUUUAUCACGAGCUGUCUCGUCCGGGGAACUCACACUUCACCAUGCUGAUGCCGGAGUUUGUUGGGCGCUUCCUGGCGGAUGUCGCCGUCAACACCACCAACAGCACCGAGUGCUACGACAUAAUCAAAUUCAACAAGGAAAUGGGCUACAAUGCCUGCUACACGGUGCAGACGGAUCCGAACUGUGAGAGCGAAGGAUACAUUCCGUAUCUGGAGUGGUACUACUGUUGGCUGGGAGAUGCCCUCAUCCCACUCGCCGUCUUUUUAACCUUCCUGUGGAUCUUCGUGCUGUUUAUAGCCGCCGGCCUCGCCGCGGAUAACUAUUUAUGCCCCUCGUUGACGAUGAUCGCCAAGAAUCUGCAUCUGAGCGAAAAUUUAGCAGGUGUGACAUUUUUAGCAUUCGGCAACGGCGCUCCGGACAUCAUGUCCUCCAUUAUCGCCGUGCACUCGUCCAGCGGGGAUCCCGGAUUGGCCAUUGGAGAGCUGAUUGGGGGUGGGAUUUUCGUUACAACGGUGGUAGGCGCCGCGGUGAGCAUCCUGGCGCCCUUCACCAUCAUGCGGCGCCCCUUCCUGCGCGACGUGUCCUUCUACAUUGCCGGCGUGGUGUGGAUUAUCGUCGUGCUGUGCCGGGGCCGGAUUUACUUUGCGGAAGCCAUCGGGUUUCUCUCGCUGUACGGCGCGUACGUGGUGGUGGCCGUGGGCGGACGGAUCAUCCGCAAGCAGUGCUAUCCCACGGGGAAGUUCCUGGUGGGCAAUGACAGCAUCACCCAUCUGCCACCCAACGCCAGCGACGAUGAUUUAUUGGAUGAGGACGGACACGCCCUGUCGCCCACCCCGCCCGGCGAGGAUGAGGACGACGGCGAUGUGCCGCUGAUUCUGCGCUCGGGCUCCGGACGGAUCACGUGGUACGGAGAUUUCAUCCGCGGGAUCCUGCCACAGGAGAUCUUCCGCUUCAAGGCGCUCAGCGUGUGGAAGAAGAUCACAUGUAUUGUGUCGGUGCCGUUUGAAAUUAUUCUCAACCUGACGGUGCCGGUGGUGGUGGAUCAACGGGAGGACCCCAAGCAGCGCUGGUCCAAAGUGUUGCGCGUUAUUAACUGUGUCACGUUGCCCAUGCUCGUCGUCGUGCUCGUACCAGGCGGCAAUGCCAAUUUAAGCGGCGUCUUUCCGGCGUGGGCGCUGGCGCUGCUGAUCGCGCUGCUGGUGGCCGCCUUCGUCUUCUUCACAUCCCAUGUUACGGAGCCGCCCUGGUAUCAUAUUGUGUUCGCGUACCUGGGCUUCUUCGGGGCCUGCGUGUGGGUGUAUCUGACGGCCAACGAGAUCGUGGCCUGCCUGCAGACCGUGGGGAUCGCGCUGAAUGUCAAGACCACCAUUCUGGGAUUGACGGUGCUGGCGUGGGGUAACAGUAUUCCCGAUUUUAUUGCCGACACAGGAAUGGCCCGCCGCGGCCAGCCACGGGUGGGAAUAUCGGCCGUGUUCGCUGGUCCCAUGAUGAAUUUAUUACUGGGCGUGGGCACCUCCUUCUGCUUCGCCACCAGCACGGUGAAUCCCUUCCCGGUGCAGACCACCUCGCUGUCGCUGCUGUCGGCCGGGACGCUAAUGGUGUCGCUGGUUUUUUCAUUAAUCUACAUCGUGGCCGCCCGCUUCCGGCUGGCCCGCGUCUACGGCGGCAUCCUCCUGUUUCUCUACGUCCUCUUCCUUGGACUGGCCAUUCCCACCGCGCUGGGCGUUCUCAUGUGAUUUGUACGCGUGUCAGCUGUGUUGAAGAAUAGUUUUUAUUUGAUAUUAAUGCACAUCUGUGAUAAAUCGUGAGUUUUCCGGUUUUUGUUUCCUAUUGCGGUGAAAAUGGCAGACGGUGAUUUUUUAACCGUGAUUUAUUUGUCCAGUGUUAAACGGAUGUAUCGGAUUCGAGUAUGUUCUAAAAAUGCUCAAAAAUUUUUCCACUUUCCAGU